AACCUUAAUCCAGGCCUGUCAGGUGUCGCUGUCACCAAAAACAAAUACGGUGUCUACAGUUCAAGACCCCAAAGGCUCAAUAGUUUAUGAGAACUGACACCUGUAUGAUUGAAUCUUUACAUAACCUCGUCAAAAACACCAGUCCUGGACUCUCCUUUAUUCUACCGUGCAAUCUGAAAUUGGCACUCACUUUGGUUCAUACACCCCAGCUGUUCACAGCUCGCCCUAUCCAAUUGACGCUCCUGAGAUGCAGCGUCACUGCAAAAGGCAAAACCGACCUGGCUUCAUUCCUCAAGUCACACCAGCUCCAUGGCGUGGCGCAACCCAUGCACUCAACAAAACCACAGUUGAAUAGCAUUUUUGACUCUAAAGAUAGCUGCAUUACGUAUAUAGAGCCCUUUGUAUCAGUCCGGAGCAGUCGACUUCAGAACUAUAGGAUGGUGCUUUGGCACUACAGCCACCUUACAUAUUAGGAGACAGUUUGGUGUCUGAGGAGAUCUGAGCAAAACAGGUCUGUCAUCUUUACUGAGCCAUAGAAAGGAAAGAUAACCAGACAGGGAAACAAUCUGUAACCUUUACUUGUUCUCCAACCCAACCAUGAGGGACAGACUGAGCAACCUACAGGAAAUGGCUAACAACCAUGUGGAGCCGAUGGAGUACACAGAGUCCACAGUCUCGGGGUCCUUCAGCAACGUGGACCUGGAGGAGGAGUUGCCCCACGAAGCAAUAGUGUUUGACAACAGCCCUGCUCUGGCAGAGGUCUUUUCCCAAUCCCAAGAUAUCCACAGAGAGAUCCAGCUCAUCCGCCUGGAGGUUAAAAGGCUCCGUGAGCAGAACUCUCGCAUGCUCCAGGGUGUCACCACCAUGAGCACUAUCAAAAGGGACUCCAAUGCCAUUGGUGCCGAUAUAAAGGCCCGGGCUGAGGAUGUGCUAGCACGCCUACAGGAAAUGGACGGCACAGCUCACAAGCUAGAAGAAGAACAUGGCUCAAAUUCUGCCAUCACACGUAUUGCUAGAACCCAGUACGUUUCCCUCAGCAAUGGUUUUCGCGAUGCCAUGUUUGACUAUAAUGAGGCUGAGAUGAGCCAUCGGGAUAACAUUAAAUCCCAGAUCCAGAGGCAAAUGGAGAUAGUGGGACGGGAGGUGUCAGGAGAGGAGGUGGAGGAGAUGAUUGAGACAGGUCAAUGGAACAUCUUUAGUGACAACAUUGUGAGUGAGGGUAAGACAGCUCGAUCAGCUCUGUCCCAAAUUGAGAAACGUCACCAAGAGUUGUUGGACCUGGAGGCUCGUAUCAGUGGCAUCCAUGAGAUUUUCCUGGACAUUGCCCUACUGGUGGAGGAGCAGGGCCCCAUGCUGACCUCCAUCCAAACCAACGUUCAGAAGACUGAUGAAAACAUACAGGACGUCCUUGUCAAACUUAGCAGGGCCAAACGCCAUGAUAAGAACAACCCAUUUAAAAAGAUGUUUUGCAGCUGUUUCCCAUGCUACAAUUAAUGACUGUAGAAUACAGAGACAGGUAGAGGAUAGAUAGUUAUGUUCUGUCCAGACUAAGUAAGAGGGAAAUCUUACAUUCUCUGUAUGUUUCAUGAGUAGACUGUUCAUAUUGUAACAUAGCAUCAACAUGGCCUAUAGAGCUAUUGCGACAUUCCCCCUCCCCAGUAAAAUAAAGUUUUGAUUAAAACAUGUAAAACUAUUGUGAGACAAAAAAAAUGCACAGGUAAUAUAUUUUAAAUUUGUAUUUAAGUUUUCCCUUGAUGUCUCUAAUUUUUGAGACAGGUAUCUCAAAUCAGAAUGAAUCCCCUCAUGACUGAGGUGUGAUGCAGACCUGAAACAAACAGUAUUUGAAAAUACUUUGUUUUUCAUAGCCUGCUUACUUUAUUUACGGUCAUUUAAGGUCAUUUUAAAAAUGAGACACGUGAUUCAUGCUGGGCAUGCCGCCUAUCACAAUGGCUCCUGAUGCAGUAAAGGGACUAAAGAUAUAAACCUAAAGUAAAUAUUAUUAUAUACAAGUUAAACAAGUCUUAAAAUUAUUUUCUAGUGUCUAAUUCAUUCAAAUAAUGUGUCACUAUAUGUCAGUGCACUGAUAAAAAUGAUUGAUCAGUUUAGCUGUUCUUGAUUAGACUGUGUGUGUGUGUGUGUGUAUAUAUAAAUUAUGAAUUAUUGUAUUGAUGGUAUCUAGCCAUUCUUCAAUAGUGUCCACAUAGUGUCAUUAAUUUCUUAUUUACACGAGUAACUGAGAAGUGACAGAAGUUUUAAUAUGAUUCAUUGCCUGUCACAAUGUAAUGCAGGAAUCACACAGUUACUGUAUUGAGAUGUAUGCUAUUCUGUUUCUUUACACUGAUUUUAUGACUAUGUAUGAUAAUACCUUAAAGUUGUCUGACUUUCUUCUGUCUUGUCAUGUAUAAAGAAUUAUAUUAAAAUCA